AUGGCUCCCCGGCGGCUCAACGUCCUCGUCUAUACGGGCACCGGCACGACGGCUGAAUCGGUCCGACAAUGCAUCUACUCUCUUCGAGCGCUGCUUUCGCCCAACUACGCCGUCAUCCCCGUCGGCGAGUCCGUCGUCCUCAAGGAACCCUGGGCUCCGACCUGCGCCCUUCUCGUCCUCCCCGGGGGCGCCGACCUGGGCUAUUGCAGAGUCUUCAACGGUGAGGGGAACCAGCGCAUCAGCGACUACGUCCGUCGAGGCGGCGCCUACCUCGGCUUCUGCGCCGGCGCCUACUACGGCAGCGCCCGUUGCGAGUUCGAGGUCGGCAACAAGCCGCUCGAGGUCAUCGGGAGCCGGGAGCUCUCCUUCUUCCCCGGCACCUGUCGCGGAGGUGCCUUCGAGGGCUUCGAGUACAGGAGCGAGAAUGGAGCGAGAGCGGCCACGCUAAAGGUCGCCACCGGUGCCUUUGACGAGCCCGUGCCCGAGACCUUUGCCUCCUACUACAACGGCGGCGGCGUCUUUGUCGAUGCUGCCCGCGUCGCCUGCCGCAGGGUUGACGUUCUCGCCUCGUACCGUGAUGAGUUGAACGUCGACGGCGGCGAUGGCAAGGCUGCCGUCGUCUUGUGCCAUGUUGGUGACGGCAAGGCGAUGCUCUGCGGACCCCAUCCCGAGUUUGCCGCCGUCAACCUCCACCCUAGGCCCGACGUGCCUGGGUACGACGCGCUCAGGGACCGGCUCGCUCGAGAUGACCACGCGCGAACCGCUUUCCUGAGGGCCUGUCUGGGAAAGCUUGGCGUCGAGUCGAGUCAAGAAUCCAUGGCAUUUCCAAAGUUGUCAAACCUGCACCUCUCUGCCCUCGAUCGUACCAAAGUCUCGGAGCUGCUCUGUGGCUGGGAAGAUGUCAUCGAUAAGCUGGACGGCGGCCAAGAGUGCAUCAAGGGCGAAGCCGAUACGUUCCACAUCCUAACCAACGAACUGCCUUUGAAUGUUGACGAGCUGCGGCAAUCGCUUCCCAUGAGCGUGGACUUGGCUGUCGAAGAUGGUGCCAUGGUGGACUACUCCAGCAUCCCGAAGCGCAUCAUCGCUCACGAGGACGCCUGGCCGGAAGUUGGCCUGACGCCUCGCUUCGACCACAGCCAGUACUAUUCGAGCCUCCAGCGUUUCCAGGCCAUGGAGGAACAUGCCGAUGACUGGGGAAGCAUUCUUAUGUACGGCGACGUUGUGACGAGCACAAAUUCGCUCCUCGAAAAGAACCAGAAACUCAUUUCCAAGCUGCCAACUGGCUUCACCUUUUCUGCAUCGACACAAGUCGCUGGCCGCGGUCGUGGUACGAACGUCUGGGUAGCCCCCCCUGGCGCCCUCAUGUUCUCUACCAUCAUCAACCAUCCAGCACAUCUCGCCGCCUCGAGGCCCGUCGUCUUCGUGCAGUACAUUGCGGCCAUAGCCAUUGUCGAGGCCAUCCAGUCCCUUGACGUGGGAUACGAGAACCUGCCGGUCAAGCUCAAAUGGCCCAAUGACAUCUAUGCCCUCGACCCUUCGAAGCCGGCGUCGUCGAAACAGUAUGUGAAAAUCGGCGGCAUCCUCUCCCAAUGCGGGUACUCGGACGGCGCCUACCAAAUAGUGCUCGGCAUCGGCAUCAACGCCAUCAACCCGCGCCCGACAACGUCCAUCUCCGACCUCCUCCCCACGCACGCCGCGCCCCUGCACCUCGAGAGCCUCCUCGCACGCAUCAUCACCCGCCUAGAGGCCAUUUACGCGCAGUUUCGUCGCCAGGGCUUCUCCGACGACCUCGAACGCCGAUACUACCGUCACUGGUUGCACACUGGCCAGGCCAUCUCGCUCGAGGCGGAGGGCGGCGCUAGCGCUCGCGUCCUGGGUAUCACCCGCGACUGGGGCAUGCUGCGCGUCGAGGAGACGGAUUCCGAGGGGAGGGGCACCGGUAGGCUCUGGACUCUGCAAAGUGACGAGAAUAGCUUCGACUUUUGGAGAGGGUUGGUGAGAAGGAAGGAGUAA